UUUUGCUGAGGCUGUUUGGGGGGGGUGAGGCUGUUUUGGAGGAGUUUUUUUGAGGCUGCUUUUGGGUUGUGUUUGAGGGCGUUUUUUAGGUUUUCAUCUUUUGAGGGGAUUUUCGGGGGUCCGGCGGGCAGCGUGCGGAUGUCCCGGGCCGGGGGGGGUCGCGGGGGUCCGUAGGGUCGGGGGUCGCCCCGGGGGCCGGCCAUGGCCUCGGUGCCCGUGUACUGCCUGUGCCGCCUGCCCUACGAUGUGACCCGCUUCAUGAUCGAGUGCGAUGGCUGCCAGGACUGGUUCCAUGGCAGCUGCGUGGGGGUGGAGGAGGAGGCGGCGGCCGAGAUCGACCUGUACCACUGCCCCCAGUGCGCCGUGCUCAGGGGGCCUUCCGUCAUGAAGCGGCGCCGUGGCCCGGCCAAGGCCCCGGAGCAGGAUCCCGGCCGUCCAGCCCGGACCGGCAGCGCCCAGUUCAUCCGGGAGCUGCGGGGCCGCACCUUCCCCAGUGCGGACGAGGUGCUGCUGCGGCCCAGCGGGGCCCAGCUGACCGUGGAGUACCUGGAGGAGAACAGCUUCAGCGUGCCCAUCCUGGUGGCACGGCACGAGGGGCUGGGCAUGACCCUGCCCCCGCCGUCCUUCACCCCCCGCGACGUCCUGCACCACGUCGGAGCUGACAAGGUGGUGGCCGUGCUGGACGUGGGCCGCCAGGCCGAGCUGCGCAUGCGCCUCGGGGACUUCGUGGCCUACCUGGGGGGACCCCGGCGCGAGCGCGUCCUCAGCGUCACUGGCCUGGAGUUCUCGGACACGCGGCUGUCGAACCUGGUGCAGACGCCGCGGAUCGUGCGGAAGCUCUCGUGGGUGGAGAACCUGUGGCCGGGGGAGUCGGCGCGGGAGCGGCCGAGCGUGCAGAAAUUCUGCCUGAUGGGGGCCAAGGACAGCUACAGCGACUUCCACAUCGACUGCGGGGGCACCUCGGCCUGGUACCACGUGCUCAGGGGUGAGCAGAUCUUUUACCUGGCGCGUCCCUCGGCCGCCAACCUGGCGCUGUUCGAGGCCUGGAGCAGCUCCCGGAACCAGCCCGAGCUCUUCUUCGGGGACCAGGUGGAUCGGUGCUUCCGGUGCCACCUGCGCCAGGGCCAGACCCUCUUCAUCCCCACAGGCUGGAUCCACGCCGUGCUGACCCCCGUGGACUCGCUGGCCUUUGGGGGGCACUUCCUGCACAGCCUCAACAUUGGCAUGCAGCUCCGAUCCCGUUUUUGGGGUGACCCCAAUCCAGUUUUGGGGUGUCCCCAAUCCUGUUUUUGGGGUGACCCCAAUCCCCAUUUUGGGUUGACCCCAGUCCCGUUUUGGGGUGACCCCAAUCCCGUUUUUGGGGUGUCCCCAGGGCUCCCCCGGAAGCUGCCCCGGGCCAAGCCCUGCUCUGACCCCAACCGGGUGCGGGAGCCGGGGGAGGUCGACUUCGACAUCGAGGAGGAUUACACCACGGACGAGGAGGACGAGGGGGGCGCGGGGGGCAGCGCUGGGAUCCUGGACCUGCUCAAGGCCAGCCGGCAAGUGGGGGGCUCCGAGUACCCCCAGCUCAGCGAGGCCCCCGCCUCCCCCAGCACACGCGAGGCCAUCCAGGGCAUGCUCUGCAUGGCCAACCUCCCUGCAGGGACCCCCCUGGGACCCCCAAACUGGUGGGGAGGAGGUGGGGGCACCGAAAGGGGGGGUCCUGGGGGGUCUGGGGGGCCCCGCAGAGCCCCCCCAGCCCCCCGGAGCACCGACAGCGAGGGCGAGGGGAGCCUGGACGAGCAGGACAGCCUGGGGGCCUGCUUCAAGGAUGCUGAGUACAUUUAUCCCUCACUGGAGUCAGAUGAGGACGACCCUGCCCUAAAAUCGCUCCCCAAAAAGAAGAAGGUGACGGACGACGCCCCCUGGAGCCCCAAAGCCCGGGUGACGCCGUCGCUGCCCCGGCAGAGCCGCCCGGUGCGGGAGGGGACGCGCGUGGCCUCGGUGGAGACCGGGCUGGCGGCAGCCGCUGCCAAACUGGCCCAGCAGGUGAACUGGGAGCACUGGGACUCCGGGCUGGGUUCGGGGGGGCUCAGGGCUCUCUGUCCCCCUGACCCCGCAGGGAAGCGCCCCCGGAAGGGUUUGGCCACAGCCAAGCAGCGCCUGGGCCGCAUCCUCAAGAUCCACCGCAACGGGAAACUGCUGCUCUGAGGGCGGGGCCGGCCACGCCCUGCCAGGCUCCGCCCACCGCCGGCUGAACAAUGAACUAUGGGCGGGGCUGCCGAGGAAAGGGGCGGGGCCCGACAGGACCACGCCUGUCAGAACAACGCUGUGGUCACUAAAGGGGCGUGGCUUGUUUUAGGCUCCGCCCCUUCAGGUGUGGUCCCACCUGACCCCUCUGAGGCCACACCCACAAUGCGGAUCCCGAGACCACGCCCAUCACAGCCCAAGCCACGCUCAUUGGUUAUGUAGGGUAAAAAAAACAGGCGUGGCUACGAUAAACCACACCCACAUAGAGAUAACCACGCCCACAAAGGGUGGAGCCGCAAUAUGGCUCCGCCCAUCACGGUUCCCACCUUCCCAUUGGCUGUGUAUGGGCUGGGGGCGGGGCUUCCUCAUUUCCCGCCUCCAGGAGCUCAGGCGAUUGGACAAGCCCCGCCCACAGCUGCGGGAGGGGCGGAGCCAUCUUUGAUUGGUCUCCACUGGGUUUUUUUUUUUCACCCCUCCCCUAGGUGUCUUCAGGUUGAUUGACGGGGCGGGGCUGCUUCCCAUUGGCUGCCCCUGUUUUGUAGGCGUGUCCGGAGGCCGCGGCCCCGCCCCCCUCCUUUUGUAUUUGUAGAAUAAAAAAGGAAAAAAAAAAAAAGAAAAAAAA